UAUGAGAUCAUAAUAAACAUUCUUAUAUGUUUUUUGGAUAGAUAAUUGAGGGAAGCCAUUGAGGUCCUCUCUCAUGAGAAUUGAAACAUCUGAUAAAAAUGAGGAAAAACCUCCUUAAGAAAAUAUUCAACUUUUGGAGAAUCCUAAAAAGCCUACCAUUAUGAGUAAUUAUUUGCUCAUCACUGAACUUGUUCAUAUCAAAGAAAACAUCCAAUAUCUUGAGCCAACUAUCCAAAUCUUUUGCAAUGAUCUAACCUUUGCAUGAUUCAUUAUCUACCUUGGCUUUCAGCUUGAAUGGUUUGUAGUGCAAGUUUCCUCUCUUGCUUUCUCUUUAUCGAUGCUGCUGCUUAGCUUUCUUUGUUCUAUGUUUCCCCAAGAAGAGACGUUUUUUCUGCAACAUUGUUAGGGAUUGCUUCCUUGGAGAUGAUUCAACUUAUUGAACUAAUAACCUAUUACAUGAGUAAUACUUCGCUCCAUGCUUUACAUUUUGUGCCAUUUCAUCUGACAUUUUAUUAUUUUGAGCAUUAUUAUAAUCAUGGUAUAGCUAUUUAGUCAAUAUUACAUUGUGGAUUUAUCCCACGUGUCACAUGAGGCUGUAAUAAUAUAAUAAGUGAAUAUUAAGGGUGUGGAUUCAUCCCACAUUGGUUCUACCUCAUAAAUCUCUCAUUCUGAGGCCUUAAUUGUUCCAGAUUCAUCAAUGUAAACAUAUCUACAGCUAUUUCCAAGCACCAUGUUCUUUUUGGCAUGUUAUUGUUUUUGUUUGAUAAUAUUUGUAAGUAAGAUCCUAACAAGUGGUAUCAAAGUUCUUUCUAGGGCUGCAUUCUAUAGUGACAACAAUUUAGUGGCAUGCUACAACUAUCCACCAUAUACUCUAACUUUGUCUAAGUAUGGGAUUUUGGUGAUAAAAAAGUGGUACAAGUAAUGGGAUUUUAGCCAUUUUUGGCCCAAUGUGUUUCCCUUGAGAUUAUCUAGGUUAAAAAUCCUGUGAUAGUGGUUUUGAAAUAUCCUAAGACGGUGUGAAGUGAGCUGGAAUUUGUUCCACCAAUACCUAGGUCUCAACAGUUAUUUACAACCCCGAGCAUCCACAUACAUUGGAAGACCCUCUAGGAUUAGGAGAAACUUUACCAUAGGAUGCCAUUGAUUUUUUGAAAUCUAUAUUGUGUUGGUUGGCAGUUAGUGUUGGGAAGUUACUUUGUUCGUAUCUUGGAGAUAGGGUAGUGCAGCUGUAAGACAACAGAAUCCUUUGUAGGUAAAGCUCUAAAAUACUGGCCUAGUUCACUAUUCAUGAACAAGAAAAGUAUGUCAGAGAGCCUAUUGUUUAGGCACCCCCUAGCCUAGAAAUUUCCUGCUUAAACCCUAUUAGUGGACAAAUUCAAGCAUAUUUGGUAGAUCCAAAAUAAUUCAUACAAUAAUAUAGUGGGUUAGUGACCUGUAGCAUUCAGAAGGUGAAGCAAUUGUGCUAGUUGCAUCUUAGGUUUUAAGCUCCUAUACAUUCUGUAAUUUGCAACUUCGGGCAAAAUUCUUACAAACUAGGAGAAAUUUCAGUGUUUUGUCAAGAAAACCAGCCUACAGCUUAUUAACAGUAAAAAAGUCUAGGGUCACUUAUUUUCAACCAUUUACAAAUUGUCCCAAAUUAGCUGUCUUGUCCCAAAUCUGUUUUGCUUUUGAAUUCCUCCAAAAUUUCCUUGUCCUUGUGCUUUGGAUUUCAGAGUGAGUAUCACACACUUCCUAAACUACUAAAUUUUAAUAAGAACUUUGCUUUGAUACCAAAAUGAAAUGUAGUAAAUUAGUAAUAUGUUUCUAUGAAGUUAAUUUACUUGCAAUUCAUUACAACUUUUAUUCAUCAUUGAAUUGGUAUUAAAUGAACAAUAAAUUGCAUCGAAAUACUAGUAAUUUGAGUGCAAAUAAGAGAAAAAAUUCACCACUAAAUUGAUACAAUAAAGACUUCUGUUUCUGAGGUAUAGGGCACUGAGAACUUAAACAAAAUAAGGACAUUUGCUAAAAAAUCAAGUUGUUGAUGGAGGGAUGGUCACAAAUAGGACUGUUUGGCAAUUUUCUGAACAUGUGAGGGGUUUUAACUUUUAAACCCUUAUUUGUUUAUGCUUCUUGCAACAAAUUGCAUUAUAUAUGUUCUCCUAUGUGUUGAUUUACAACUUGGUUGUUGUUUCAUCUAAUUGGCAAGGGCAAGGAGAACUAUAAUAGGUUCCUGUGGGUUUUCUGCUGUAAAAUAAGUUAUUUUGAAAUCCGCAUUUGGACUAAUUGUGUUCUUUUUUCACUUAUCUUUCAAGAGUUAACAUCAAGACAUUAUGUGAGGGGAUGCAUUUUACUUUUUAGUGGUAAAAGAUGGCUACUAUACGUUGGAGUUAUAGAUUAUCACAACUCCUUUUAUAGUAAUUGCUAAAACUGAUGGCGAUGGUGUGACUGCACAUGGAAGAUUCUCCCUAGAUUUUUUGAAUGUGCUCACUUGCCCCCCUAUGCUAUUCAGAUUGCGCUAAGUAUACUUGCACUGUGAUGAAAUAAAAAAAUGGGGGUGAUAUGAAGCUUGCAGAGUGUUGUUCGUCUGAGACUGCAUCAGAAAAGAAAGACCUUUUCAAUAUAUUGGAUGGGGAUCAUAUUUAUAAUCAAGUAUCUUGCUUAAUUAGUUGCCAAACUAAAAGUAAUUUUUACAGGAUUGAAGAAGGCUUGAUGAAUUUAUUGAGGAAGUGUUUAGAAGCUGAACACGGCCUUAUAUGCUGUGCUAUUUCAGGCCAUAUUGAUCAUUUCCAGAGCACAAGAUCAGAAGACUUGGGAUGGGGCUGUGGAUGGCGAAACAUCCAAAUGUUAAGCUCUCACCUCCUGAUGCAAGUCUCUGGUGCAAGAGAAAUGUUAUUUGGAGGCUCAGGAUUUAUUCCAGAUAUUCCAUCACUCCAAAGGUGGUUAGAGAUUGCGUGGCAGAGGGGUUUUGAUAUGAUGGGUGCCCAAUCAUUUAAUUUUGGGAUAUAUGGAAGUAAAAAGUGGAUUGGGACAACUGAAUGUGCUGCUCUCUUACGUUCUUUUGGCCUUCGAGCACGUAUUGUAGACUUCGGAUGUGAAGCAGUUAAGAGCAGGAACUCUUUGGCUGAUACUCCGAAGUUGAACCAGGCAGUUCAAGGGAGAAGUAGAGAGAUGCUACAUACUAAUCAUACAAAUGGACCACUAAAUAAAUUUCUUCAUUUUGAGUAUCAGUGUGAUGGCUGCAAAACUCACCCAAUUAGAGGGUCUGUAUUUACAAGUAGAGAGAGAGAGAAUUUUCAUGUUUGUUCUGCUUGUAUGGACAAAGGAAAAUAUUUAUUUUCUGAGUUUCUGGAAACUGACACAGCAUGUAGUAGUACUAUUACCAACAAUGGUAAAGAAUUCUAUAAAGGCAAACCUGAAAAUCAUCAGGUGUUGGUUGAUUGGGUCUGGAACUAUUUUGUGGAGGACAAAAACAUGCAUUCAAAAGUACCUCUGUAUCAGCUUCGGGAACGCAUUAUCACCAGCCAACGGACGCCAUUGUAUUUCCAGCAUAAUGGGCAUUCAAGAACAAUUGUUGGAAUUCAACGACGAUACAAGUCACUAAAUAGGCGUGAUGAAGAAGUGAUUCUUCUUGUUCUGGAUCCUGCUCAGCGCACAGAAGAAUUGGCCAGGGCACUAAGAGGAAACAGUGGAUGGCAAAAGCUUGUCAAAAGAGGGCUGCAUACUCUGAGAAAACCAGAGUACCAGUUAUGUUAUGUUGAUCUUGGUAUUGCUCAUGGUGAGGAGUUGGAACAAUUAAAGAUUUUGGAUAGUGAGGUGUUCAAAUAUUGAAGCAUGAUCAAACAUGAUAUUCUUAAACGUUGAGGAACAUGAACCCUUUUGAGGAGAGCCACAAGCAAUAAAGCAAAAUAAUGUGAAUCAAGUUGUGGGCUAUGGCGACAGGAAUGGAGAUUUUCUAUUUAAAGCUGUCUGUCUGUUGGGAUUCUAGCACAAAUCAUUUUCAUUCCAGAAAGAAACAUACACAUAAAUUAUCUACUGUCCAAAUAAAGAUUUGAAAUUUGAAAUUAUACAAAAAUACAUAUAUAAUUUCUAUUUAGUUGAAUAGUAUGGCCUUCCCAAUAUAUAAGUAAGGUUUGACUAAUGUUUUUUACUAGUAUAAAUACAAAUAUGUUGAGAG